AUGAAUCAGAACCUGACAGAUGAAGAAAGAGCUUUCGUUAAUGAAUGUGAACAUGAAUUUAUUAAUCGAUAUACUGAAAAGGAUUAUGAUUACAUGUUACAUAUUAAGAUUGGUAUGAAUCCCCCUCCUUGUGUUGAGCCUUGGUAUCCAAAAGGUGAAAAUAGGGAUAGGAAUGAUGGAGGUUAUAGAAAUGACAGGAAUGAUGGUGGAGGUUAUAGAAAUGACAGAAAUGAUGGAGGAUAUAGAAAUGACAGAAAUGAUGGAGGUUAUAGAAAAGAUAGAAGAUCUGAAAACAAUGGCCAUGAUUACAAAAGAAAGAGAGAAUAA